AUGAAUGGGGCCAAUGGGGGCCAGUACCACAUCGGUGGUCUUGUUUUCAUUUGGGUUGGGUUUGCUGUAGUGGUUUAUAUAGGGUAUUUGAUGGGGUUCUUGGGGUACUAUGACUUCAAGAGCAAAACACACCAAGACCAGUUCAGCCAGGACGGAUUGUGUAAAGCUGCCAUGUUUGCUUUGUUCGUCAAGGAGGAGCUUCCUUCAUGGCCGGAGCAGAGCUCUCGCCAAAGGAGAUGGUUAACCAUCCCCAAAGCGUUGGACAAUUGCCGACAUGCUUGGAUGCAAGAAGCCCUCAUUGAAGGAUUUUCCAAGUGGUUCCCAUCAUAUGUGCCAGCGUUGCACACGGCUGUGGGGUCCACUCCAUCUAUCAGCGUGGUCCCACUGGCUAGGGACGCAGAUCCGCAGGAAGUAGUUGAAGGAACCGCCAGCGGCCUAACCCACAUCCAUUCUGAAGGCGGAGGCAAGUUCGCCCACGACAACAUCAAGUCCUCCAACAUCCUCCUCACCCCCAACCUCGACGGCCAUGUCUCCGACUUCGGCCUCACCCCUCUCAGGAGCUACCCCGCCGCCACUUCCCGCAGCACCGGCUACAGGGCCCCAGACACAAUCGAUAACCGAAAGCCCACUCAGAAAUCCGACAUCUACAGCUUCGGUGUCCUCCUCCUUGAGAUGCUUACAGGCAAGGCCCCACUACAGUCCCCCCGCCACAAUGACAUUGUCAACCUACCCCGGUGGGUCCAGUCGGUCGUCCGUGAGGAGUGGACCACCGAGGUGUUCAACGUUGAGCUGAUGAGGUUCCAAAACAUUGAGGAGGAGAUGGUGCAGAUGCUGCAGAUAGCCAUGGCCUGUGUGGCCAAGGUACCGGACUUACGUCCCAAGAUGGACGAGGUCGUGAGGAUGAUUGAGGAGAUCCGGCUCUCUGACUCGGAGAACCGGCCAUCAUCGGAAGAUAACAAGUCCAAGGAUUCGAACGUACAGACCCCAUGAAACAUUCCACCGUUGGAUUUCCGGCCACAGGUCUUGUGAUUGGCUUGAGUUCAUGAAUGCAUGCAGAGGCUUGUUGAGAGCUAGUGCAUGUAUUGCAUGUGAAAGAAAGUGUUUUUCUCUUUCCUUUAAAUCUGUGGGUUUUUCAUGGAUUGAUGAUCUUCAAUCAUCAUGCAAUUAGGUUUAUUGAAUGAGAAAGAAUAGGGUGUUAGACAAGGUUGUUUUCUAUAUGAAAUCUUAAGACA